AUGAAGCCUCCCAACCCCGACAAAAUCAAGCCUGCCAUCCCCGACAAUGGCCUCUCCAUCAUCGAGCGCAUCUUUUACAACUCGGCCCCCGGCCGACCCCAGGUCAUCAUGGGCAUCAUCUUCCGCAUGCGCUGUCCCAAGCAGGUCCCCGAGCUCCGUCUCCAGCGCGUCCUCGACAUUGUCCGCCUCGCCGCCGCCCAGCACUACCGGCUCUGCGUCUCCAUCAACCCAGAGACCAUGACCACCUAUUCGCUCGCCCAGACCGCCGACCAGCUCCCCAUCAUCUCCCGCGCCGUCGUCGACGAUGGCAACGACAACUGGAAGGAGGUUGUCAAGGAAGAAAUCAACACCAACUUUGACAUCAACGAUCCAAAGCUCCCUCUCUGGAAGUGCUGUAUCGUCGGCAGCAAGGAGCUCGUCGAGACGGGCAAACAGCGCCACUCAUCGCCCCUGGCCGAUGCCAAAGGCAAGGGCGUCGAUCGCUCUGGCGCCGGCGUCCCGCCCGCAAAGUCCGCCUCGGCCUUCGACCUCGAGGUCGUCCACGACUCGCUCGACAAUCUGGUCGAGGCCGAGUCCCCGCCCUCGCCCACCUUCACCAUGUCCCGCUGGUCGCUCGGUCGCUGGCGAAACCACUUCCGCAGCAAGAACGACUCCACCAAGGUUGUCGACGGCAUCAUCAAGCACGGCUCCUUCCACCAUGACGCCAUGGACGACGGUGCCCCGUCCUUCUACGUCAUGUUUUCGUUCCACCACUGCCUUGGCGACGGCCUGUCCAUGCUGGCCUACGCUCGCACCUUUUCCGAGUUUUGUGACGACGCCCACUUCAACCCCGACAACCUGCACCUCGAGAACAUCCCCGUUGCCCAGAGCCCCCCGCCCAUCCUCGACAACCUCUUUGACCCGAACGUCUUUGAGGUCCUGCCGGCGGCCACCGCCAUGGCCUUCAACUUCUUGAAGAAGAAGCCAAAGGACAGAAUCAAGGGCCGCACGCUCUCCAUGCUCGUCAACGAGCAGGGCGAUUUCGAGCUCGAUCCCGAUGACGACGAUGACUUCAAACCCACCCCCAAGCAGAUCGACUUUGCUCAAUACCAACAGCAGCAGCAACAACAGCUUCAGCAACAGCAGCAGUCGCCGACCGAGAUGGGCCCCUCCACCGUUGUCGUUGCCCCCACUGCCGUUGGACAGACAGUCACCUUUGCUGCGGCCACUGCCCAGCCCGCUCCGUCCUCGUCCGCAUCCUCAUCCGCGACCGCGGGCCAAGUCGUCGUUGCAGCGGCCUCUCACAGCCGCAACCGUAGCAACCCGCAAACCUUGAUUGUGUCUCCCAUGAAGCCCCUGCGCAACUACACCAAUGUCCGCCAGAUCUGGUUUGACUCGGACUUCACCUCGAUCCUGCGCAAGCGCGCAAAGGCCGAGCGCACCACCAUCGCCGCCGUCCUGAUCGUCACCGCUCUGGGCGCCGUGCGCACGUCCUUCUCGAAGCUGCCCAAAUAUCGACACCGCCCGCUGCCCAACCACCAGGGCUGGGUCAUCACCUCGUCGGUGCGUUUCCUGAUUCCGGGAUCCAACCUCAUGAACGGUGGCGACCGUGCCUCCGACCCGGCCCUGCGGGUCUUUGGCGGCUACGGCGGCUCCAUCAUGAAUGCCAACAUGGCCUACGACGACUACCACGAUUUCUGGGAACGCUGUCGGGCAGUCAGUCGCUCCAUCCGCACCAGCUUCCGCGCCUCGAUCUCGCGCAUGAAGCUCGUCAACUACGCCUACCGCCACCCCAAGCUCUGGAAGUGGAUCGAGUCCAAGGCCGACCUGGCCAAGCUCUCGCGUUCCUACAGUGUCGAGCUGGCCAACAUUGGCGCCUGGGACUACCCCAUGGCCCCGCCCAAUGCCGACGAUAGCGACAGCCGCCUGCGCUGCGAUUACUUUGGUGGCGUCGUCAACUCCAGCUUCGAUGGCGUCCGCGGCCUCUACACCCUUGGUGUCGUCACCCUUGGCGGCAACAUGUCGGUCUCGUGCGCCUACGACGUCUCGGCUGUCCACGAAGUCGAUGCCGACAACUUCCAGAAGAACUUUAGUGAGAUUAUGCGGGCUAUUGCCGCCUGCGAGGGCAAGAUCUCUGUCGGAAAGGCUCGCGAGCAGGCUUGA